AUGGAUCCAUUCGUUGAAGUACUUGAAGAUGCUCAACAUCAAAUUACAAAUUUAGAAGAAUUUCUAAAAAAAAUUACAAUAGUGAAUGAAAAUAAUAGAUCAGAUUUCAAUAAUAAUAUAAGUGAACUUGAAGAAACUAUAUCAGAUUUAAAAGAAUCUAUUCAAUCAAGUAAAGAAGAUCCAGAAUUUUUCCAAAUUAGCAAUACAGAAAUAAAUAAAAGAGAAUCAAUUGUUAAAAAAUUAGAAGAUUCAAUACAACAAUUACAAUUACAAUGGUCAAGUAAAAAUGGGAAUAGUAAUAAUCCUUUUAUAAGGUAUGAUGAAACAGAUGAAAACGGGAAAUCAGGUGAAGCAAAUGGUGUUGUUGAUGAAGAUUAUAAUAAAUUUAGUCAAUUACAACAAGAAGAAAUGAUGAGAGAACAAGAUGAUCAAUUAGAUGGUGUAUAUACCACAAUGCAAAACAUUAACUUACAAGCUAGAACCAUGGGUGAAGAAUUAGAAGAUCAGGCAUAUAUUAUUGAUGAAGUUGAUUCUGAAUUGGAUAGAGUUGGAGGUAAAUUAGGACGUGGAAUGAGACAAGUUGAACACGUUAUAAGAAAGAAUCAAGAAAGAGCUGGUGAUUGUUGUAUUGGUGUUCUCAUUGUAGCAUUGAUUGUGCUUCUGGUGCUAGUGAUUGUCGUGUGA